AUAUCAUUCAGGUAUCAUACGAACAAGGAGAAGGCGUACCUAGCUGUGGCCUUAAUUCUAAUCUUCGGAAUUGGAGUACUCUUCCCCAUGUUCUGUGUGAUGUUUGGAAGGCUUUUACAAGAUCUAUCAAACUACGCGACAUUUGUGCAAUCUUCGGACCCGUCUAAUCUCGUGUUGGAUAUAAAGGACGUGGACUGGCAAAAUUUAAAGAGAGAACUAUUAGUGAAUUCAACCGAAGUGAAGGAAGGAAUACAGGGUGUUCUUGGCAUAAUCGAGAUCUACCAAGCCUCAAAUGACGCCCGUGCGGAGUUGCGGGCUGGCGUGAAUGGCCUGUGCAUCAAUCUUCUCUUUUUGGGAUUAAUUGCCUUCGUCGCCGGUUGCAUACAGCGAGUUGUCAUUGGGCUGGCUACGCGUCCGGCAGUGACCCGCAUUCGAAAACACUACAUUCAGUCCCUGUUGUCACAAGAUAUGACGUUCCACGAUGCCCAUCAGGGCGGAGAGCUUGUGUCUCAUGUCACCGUUGACAUGGAGCGCAUCGAGCGAGCACUGGGUGAUGCGCACAGUUUCCUCUUUAUGCUGUUAGGAAUGGCUUCCUCGGGAAUCAUUGUUGGCUUUGUAUUCAGUCCGAAGCUAGCCGCUAUCUGUGCACUGUUUGUGCCGAUGAUUGGAGGAUCGGGUGCAAUUAUGGCCCGUUUCACAUCGAAUGCCGCCGGAAAGUCCUCGGUAGUGUAUGCUGCCGCUGCUGCUGCCGCUGAGGAGGCCUUGACGCUCAUCCGCACUGUGACAGCAUUCGGUGGCCAAAAGCAUGAGCUAGAGCAAUACACUGAGAAAGUGAAGAACGUUGAGACCCGCGGAAUCAAAGGCGCCUUCAUUCUUGGCCUAGGAUCGGGCGUCUCGCUGAUGAUUCUGUACUGUUCGUGCGCCUUCAUGAUGUGGUUUUCGUUCACGCUUGUCGAACGAAGGGAGGCAGAAGUUGGCGAUGCGAUGACUGUGUUCUUCUCAAUCGUGGUUGCCGCGGUUGCUCUCGGUCAGAUCUUCCCCGCAAUGGACGAGAUUGCGUCAGCCAGAGGAUGUGCAUACACGGUUUACAACACCAUACAGCGGAAAUCUGAAAUCGACGCUCUUUCAGAUGAAGGGACAGUGCCCGAGAAAUGUGUGGGACGUAUUGAGUUCAAAGAUGUUGAUUUUAGGUAUAAUGAUAUUGCACCACUGGUCAUAAGAAACCUGACCUUAGACUUCGCACCAGGCAAGAGUAUGGCAUUGGUAGGCUUCAGUGGCUCAGGCAAAUCCACAACCAUCACCUUGCUGGAACGGUUCUACGAUGUGAGCGCGGGAACUAUUGACCUGGAUGGCUCGGACAUUCGUAGUUUGAAUAUUCAAUGGUUGAGAAACCAAAUUGGAUACGUAGGCCAGGAACCGGUGUUGUUCGGUGGUACGAUUCGCGACAAUAUUGCGGCGGGCGCGCCCCUCGUGGCCAAUCCUGAUUUUAUUAGCGACAUGCCGUAUGAUGUAUUUACUAACCCACGAUUCGUAAGAAGCGAGGUCUCCCAAGAGAAGAUCGAGGAAGCUGCUGAGAUGGCUAACGCACACAACUUCAUCACCAAUCUGCCAGACAGCUACAACACGCUCAUCAGUGAAGGGGGAGGUAUGCUGAGUGGAGGGCAGAAGCAGAGGAUUGCCAUUGCACGGGCCUUGCUGCGCGAUCCCAAGAUACUGCUGCUGGAUGAGGCCACAUCUGCACUGGACGUCGAAAGUGAAACGAUCGUCCAGGCAGCUAUGGACAAGGCGAGUGCCGGACGCACCACCAUCGUCAUCGCCCACCGACUGUCGACUGUGCGAAACGCAGAUGUGAUCUCGUUCAUGAGCGAAGGCGAAGUUAUUGAGAAGGGCUCGCACGACGAAUUGGUCGCCUUGGGCGGCGCUUAUGCUGAAUUCGUCGCCAUCCAAAUGGGCAGUGACAAUCCCCCGGUCGUGGCGCCAUCCCCGCGUCUGAGCGCGGCCGAGGUUUAUGACGGCAAAGAUGAUGAAACACUGGGUGCGGAUGACCUAGGAUUCGGCGAACUCAAACUGGGCGAGGACACUAACCCCACGACGGAGGAUAUAAUAGAAUCCAUCAUACAAGAAAACACCGAGCAGCUAGCCCAGAUCAAUGCCACGCACAAGGAUGAGGUGGACGACCACAUCUUCACACAGACCAUUGCUCUGAAUAAGCCCGAGUUGCCAGCCGUGCUGCUGGGAACGUUCAUGGCCCUUGUGUCGGGGGUGCUAUGGCCCAUCUUUGCCUACUGUUUCGGAUCAAUGCUGUUUGUCUUGAUCACGUUGGACUUCGAUAAGGCGAUGAAGUGGAUCAUCAUCUUCUUCUCCUUGGGAGCCACGGCUCUGGUCUCCAACACCAGCAUGUACUGGGCAUUUGGGUACGCUAAGGAGAAGCUCACCCGUAGACUCAGAGUGCAAACGUUCCGAUCGCUGAUGCGGCAGGACAUCGGCUUCUUCGACUUUGAGGCGAAUCGAACCAGCGCGCUGACUGUGUACUUGUCAACCGAUGCCUCUGCUGUGAGUGGCAUGACCGGAGAUUCACUGCUGAUGCAGACCACACUGUCGGCGACUGUGCUGUGCACUAUCAUGAUUGGCUUGUUCGCCUGCUGGCCCCUGGCCCUUGUGAUGAUGAUGUCGUUCGUGUUCUCCGGUUUGGUGGCCAUGGGUGGCGCGUGGAUAUCGGAACGGAUCACCCGGAAGGCGAGUAAGUCCCUCAUCGACGGCACCACCAUGGUCAGUGAAUAUUUGCAAUCCGUACGAACGGUCACCUACUUGGGUGUGAGUGGAGAUAUUCUGCAGAGAUACAACACGCAUUUGAAUACGCCAGAGAAAGGCCUGUUCCGUGCGUCGAUAGUGUCUGGCUUCUCCUUUGGAGUGGCGAUGCUGAUCAUUCUGGCCGUGUGGGGGUUCAGUUUCUGGUGGGGUGUCGAACUCAUCGCUCAACUAGACCAGUGUAAUGUGGAGGGGAUGAUUACUACCUUCUCUGCAGUUGUGUUCGGUGGCAUGGGUAUGGCGUCCGCAUUCGGUCUACUGCCCGACGUCAAAGCCGCUAAGGUUGGUGCUACGCGACUAUACCGGCUUAUCAAUAGAGAGCCAUUGAUAAAUUCGGAUUCCAAAGAGGGUGUGCGUUUCUCAAAGAAUCUGCUGGGUGUUGAGAAAGCGGAUAUUCCUGACUCCGACACAGAAGAAGUGGCUUCGAAAUCUGUGAACAUGAGCGACAGAUCUCACGGCUCGCAUGUGGGUCUCCAAGAGGAGAGCACCGUGUCCAUGGGUGACAGUACAGCGUCGGUAGUCAACAUAAGUGUCCCCAGGAUACCUCUGAGAGGCGAUGUCACCUUCCACAAUGUCGAGUUCAGAUACCCAUCGCGACCAGGCGCUGUUGUGCUGGAUGGCUUUACAAUCGGUGUGGCUGCGGGACAGACGCUGGCAUUGGUGGGGGAGAGUGGGUGUGGUAAAUCUAGUGCCAUCUCUCUGUUGGAACGCUUCUACCUACCUAGGAAAGGUUCAAUCACGAUGGAUGACUACGAUUUGAAGAACGUCAACAUAUCAUCUCUGAGACGAACUGUGGGAUUUGUGGGCCAAGAACCGGACCUGUUCACCGGCACUGUGCGCGACAAUCUCUUGUACGGUCUUUCGCCAUCGGAAGUUCGUCUAGUCACGGAGGAAGCCAUUCGGGACGCACUACAGCAGGCCAAUGCACUGUCGUUUAUCGAUGAACUGGAGGAGGGCGUUGACACCCACAUAGGUGUCAGGGGAAUGCGCCUCUCCGGUGGCCAGAAACAGAGAGUGGCGAUAGCCCGUGUGUUGCUACGUGAUCCGCAGAUUCUGCUGCUGGACGAAGCUACGUCGGCGCUAGAUGCAGAAAGCGAGCGAGCUGUCCAGCAAGCCUUGGAUGCCGUGAGCGCGUCUCGCACGACGAUUAUGAUAGCACACAGACUAGCCACAGUCAGAAAAGCGGACGUCAUCGCCGUCGUCGUCGAGGGUGUGGUUGCGGAGAUGGGCACGCACGACGAAUUGAUCACAUUGAGGGAUGGCAAGUACAAGAAAAUGGUGGACAUGAACAAGGACCGGGAGUAGAGUAGACCUGGAUGGUCACAGGGCACUGUUGGCCAAUUAUUUAUAGAUAUAUUGGGGACUAACAAGCUGUUCGUACAUGUGAAUAUAUUAAAGAACGGGAAGACGUGGGAGAAUCGCAAGGAACAUAUUCCUCACGCAAACAUAUACCUCCUCGGAUUCUUUUGAGUAUUGUGCAGUUGCAUACUGAAUUGAGGGUUUAGGGUUUUAGUAACCCUGAACUUUGAAAACCCUAAAAUCGAAGAAAAAAAGCCAUCUCACAGAUUUGUUUCGGAAUAGGUAUGAGGCCUCGUAGCGAAUCCUAAGAGGCCCAGAGCAGCAACAAUUGGUUAGUACGUUCGUUGCGUAUGUUUCGACUUUCGUCACAUAUAAGCUGGCAACGUUACUACAGUUGUCACUCCAGCACUUCAGAUGGGCAAUUGACGAUACCAUACGGUAUAGAGUAUCUUUGAAACUUUUAAUAGCCUUCCUACCGUAUUUGGCACCAAUGUCGCACAACCAUUGUAACGAUGAGUAAGUACGCAGACCGCUUGCUGGAGCGCUGUAACUGCUCUAUCGGAUGUCGCGCCUAGGGUGGUCUAUGUGUAUCUGAACUACGGGGGGUAAGGCCUAGAUGUGAUAGUCAUUAGUUAUUGUGCCUUCAAAUCUGCCUCUUAGGUUGCGAAAUGGGAAGUGAUUUUAAAUAAAAAAACUAAAAAACAAUUGAAAAC